UCGUGUCUUCGUGACAGCUUUCGUGAUUGGGUGAGAGUAAAAAAAAUUUCAAGAAAAGUCUGUCUUCUCCAAAUUUAAUAAUUUAAUUAAGUUUUCCACUGUGAAUAAUUGAUAACAUCCUAGAGAUAUCCUCCAGAGUGCCAGUGACAUGUCCCCAAAGUGUCGUAAACCUUGAUUUCCAUGGAUUUUCCCAAGGAAUCUGGCUGAGAGUCUCAACUUGACACGCAAGUGAUCUGUGGAGGCUCUUUUGUGAAACAAAACACAGACUGGAGCCCCAAAUCCUAGGCAUUUGAGGCUGUUUCCUGGCAAAAGGGGAUCCUCAGGGUAGGGACAAGUGUGUGAAAAGUGGUGCAAAAUGGGGCUGCUGUUUGCAAAGCUGUGGAGUUUGUUCGGGAAUGAAGAACACAAAUUAGUAAUGGUUGGCCUGGAUAAUGCGGGCAAAACGACCAUCUUGUAUCAAUAUUUGAUGAAUGAAGUCGUUCAUACGAGUCCAACGAUUGGAUCCAAUGUUGAAGAGGUUGUUUUUAGGAAUAUUCAUUUUAUUGUGUGGGACCUGGGCGGUCAACAGAGUCUUCGAGCAGCUUGGAGCACGUAUUAUACAAAUACAGAGUUCAUUAUCAUGGUGAUAGAUUCGACAGAUAGGGAAAGAUUGGCGGUGACGCGUGAAGAAUUGUACCGGAUGCUGCAGCAUGAGGAUUUGGCCAAAGCGAGUUUACUAGUUUAUGCAAAUAAACAAGACUUAAAGGGCUCCAUGAGUGCCGCAGAAAUUUCUCGACAAUUGGAUUUGACAUCCAUCAAGAAGCACCAAUGGCAUAUACAGGCUUGCUGUGCCCUUACUGGUGAAGGACUAUAUCAAGGACUUGAGUGGAUUGGACAGAGAAUUAAGAAAAAAUGACAGCCAGAUGAAUAAUUUGUGGGUCAGACAUUUAAUCGACUAAAUUGUAUUAAUAAGUUAAUUUAAUGGUGAACUAUAGAGAAAGAGAAAAGCCCAAUGAGAGGAGAAAGUCACCUUGAGGAGAUUGUUUAUUAUUAUAUUAUUUUUUCCAGUAAAAUGAUUUACGUAAAAGUGGAUAGUUCAAUUUCUAUUACGAUUAAUAUCUUAUAAUAAUUAUUAUUUUCUUUUUGUACAAGUCUCCCAAAAACAAAAUUCCAUAAAUUCCUCCAAUUGUGUUAUAUUAUUAUGUAAAAUUUGAUAAGUGUUUUCGUUGAAUGAUGCGGUAAACUCUCCCUUAGCUAAUUUUUUUUUAGUUUUUCUGGUCCAAUUGAGAUUUAGGAGAAUAUAAUAAGGUGUAAUUUUUCUUGUUUUUUUGCUUUGUCAUGUGAAGAUGUAGAUCUAUUGAGGAGAUUGUUGUAAAUAUUUUCAUGAGGAGAGGAGCAAGUGAGAAAUUAAAAUAAUUAUACGAUUUUA